AUGGGACCGAAGCCGCCCAAGACCGGCGGGACCGCCUCGGCAGGGGCCGAGGCCGAGAACUGGGAGGCCGCGCUGGUGUCCGCCCACCUCGAGGAGGAUGACUGGAAGCCUAGCAUUGCUUUCGUUGUUGGGACCAAAAUUGAGGAUGAAAUCCACACCAAGGCCCUGGCUCUUGCUGUGCAGGUGCCACAGAGGAAGCUCUUCAGCGUGAUAACACAUGAAGACAUUUUCAGACAGAUCGCAGAAUAUGUGAAUCAAAAAGGAAAAAAGGCUAAAGAUGUGCCUAUGUACUAUGAGGUGAUAGAAGUAGCCAAAGCCAUUCUGAAUAGCGGUGAAGAAAUUCCAGUAACACUAACUGGAAAGCUGUUGAAAUUUCAACUGCUUUCUCUCAAAGAGAAGGACCUUCAGAGAAGAGAAGCUGAAAAGAAGGCCAAAGAAGAACAACAAAAGGAACAAGAUGGAGGCAAAGAGAAAGAGAAAGCUAAAUCUCCUAGCAAGACAGCUGAGAAAGAAAAGAAAGGAAAAAAGUCAGAAGCAGGUCCUCCAGCACCAGCCAGUGUUAAAAAGGACACCAAAUUAAAGCGACGGGGAGAAGUGGAAGCGGAAAACAAAUACAUUGAUGAUGAACCAGAUGAUGGUGCUCAUCAUUACUUUAUAAUUUUGGAUUUCCACAACCCUCAGCUAUUGCCUGUGAUGUCUGAGCUCGGGAUUAAAAUUUCAAGUGUAAUUAGAAUUUCUUCUGAGAAUUAUAAACCUUUGCAGACAUACUUGAAAACAACUAAACUUGAAGGAGAACCUUCACCUAAAGGAGCAGGGAAAGGAAAGGAAGAUGAGGCUAUCAAAAACCUGGAAACAUUUUGGAAAUAUCUGGAGCCAGUUCUGAACAGUGGAAAGCGUGGAUCAGAUCUCUUUGAUGUUGCUAUCCUUCAUCACCUAGUCAAGGAGAGUGCCUUUCCCACUGAUUGGUCUGACAAAGAAAUGCUGCUUGCAUUUGGCACUGCACUGUUUGAAAGUAUUGCUCAUUUAAUGUACGACUGCCUGGACUGGAGAAGACAGCAUGGUAACUACUUGGAAAACACCAGGUUUAUUAAUGUGCCUGCCUUAUCAGGGAGCAAAUCAACACAACCACCUGUAACUGAGGUACAACAAGCGUUACGGAUUACACCUUCAAAGGCAAAAGGGCAAGCAGAGGAAACACUGCCAAUACUUUUGUCAGAGGAGGAAGAAACUACUUUUUUGGCUCAUUCUGUGGAUAUGAGAUAUUACAAUGACUUGCUGAGUCAGAUUCCCGAGGAAUGCUUUUCUGUACCCUUAAUGCUGAACUGCAUGUUGGAACAGGUUGUUGCAAGUGAAGAAGACCUUAUACCACCCAGUCUGGUGGCACCAGAGCCCCGGGCAGAUGGGCUACAUCAUACCAUUGCAGAUCAUAUAUCCUCUGUUCUUCCUUCUCUCUCACUUUCUGAAAGUGAAAAAAAGGAUCUAUAUGACUACUUUUCACCUAAAUACAGUGAAAAAAAGACUGUCUCCCCUGAGUACCCUCUCUUAUUUAACUACCAUGAUACCCUGGCCCAGCGGUUGCACCUACUGAAGGGCCAGAAGACCUUAAAUCCAGAAAAGAUUGAAUGUGAAAUGAUGGAUAAACUGCCUCUUACAGAACGUAUCCGUUCCACCCUUCCUUCAACUGAAAACAACACUAAACACCUGGCCAGAGUUCAUGAGCUCAUGCAUUAUUGCACUGAUGAACUUCUGAGUUGGGCUGAAGUAGAAAGAGCCUUAAGAGUGUUUACUUUUGAAAGCCUGAGGCUGACUGGGCUGAGUGACUCUGGUCUCCUGGAGAGCUCUGGAUCUUUGAUUGCAGGUGAUUCUGAAUUGUGUUAUAUCCCUUGGGAUAAUCCAGCCAGGUUUGCAGGACAGCUGAGACUCUUCCUUCUGGAGAAGAAGCUUGGUGGGAAAUCUCAAAGAGGCUCUGGACAAACAGAAACAAAUGGUGAAGAUGGAGGAGAUGGUUUGGCUGAGUCUGCUUUGAGCAAGGAGGUGGAUUUUUUUAUUUCUGAUAUGGUGAGUCCGGAAAAUUGUGGCCUAGGACCAACCUUAGAAGCAAUGAAAAGGACACAGAGGCGUUGUUUGACAGACUGGACUUUGGCAGAGCAUUUUGAACCCCAUGUUCUUCUUCAGGUUCUUCAUACCGCAUCCCAAGAUUAUAGGUGUAUUGAUACCUUUUAUGAUACUCAAGAUAACUCAAUGUUAAUGGUUCUUCACAAUCCUAUGAAUCAGUAUCGUUUAUGCCAAGACACUUGGAAUACUGCAUUGCACUCUAAUGUUGGAUUCAGGAGCUAUCUCGAGCUAGUGGCCAACUCAAUUGAAGACUGGGUGAAAGAGGAAGAAGUCAAAUACCAAGAAGCAAAGAUGGCUAAGGAAAAAGAAUCUCUAAAACUGGAAAAGGCCAUGGCAGAAGGACCUUCUGAAUUGUCUGCAUCUGAUGUCAAAUCAGGUGGCUUCCCUGAGAAAGCCACAAGAUCUGAGAGCAUAAAGGAGACCAUUCCAGAAUCUCAGUCCAACAAUGAAAGAAGUCUUUUUAUCAGAGAAGGUUCUCUAAAGGCUUGGAAGAUGGAACAGGAACAAUUACUAGAGGAAGAACAACCUAAGGAAGAAAAAAAAGGAAGAAAAGAAGCUUUGGGAGAUAAAAAGAAAGGACGGGAGAUUAAAAAAAAGGAGGAAAAAAAGGAAGAAAAUAAGGAUGAGCCAGAAAACGCACCUGAACUUCAGGAGGAUCCCUGCAUCCCAGAACCAGAUACUGAGAAAGAGUAUAGGUUUGUUGGCUACAAUACAGGAGAGGAUCUCAUUCAGAUAUCAGGAAGCAAUCAAUAUCUUUUCCCAUCAGAUGGAGGACAGAUUCAAGUAGAGAAGAUAGAGUUUGUAAAAGGUUUAACCUUGAUAAAAGUGAAAGUGAUAAAAGACAACCAUAAUUUCUUCAUUCAUAUCACAGACCCCAAGAAAAACUUAAAAGAAAUGGAAGUGCAAGAAAUUAAUGAAGAGCAGGAAAUUAGAUCAGGAAAAUUGAAAAAUCAAAAGAAAGCUGUGAGCAAGUUUGGAUCUUUUUCAGCCACCUUGGAAAACGGAAUCCAGCUGUCCUUGAGCUAUUAUGGACCUACAGGGAAGACAGCAGAUGAUGAAACAGAUCCUGACUUAACAAGAAUUCUGAACAUCCCUUCUGUUAAUAUUCCGACCAUAAUUUCUCCUGUUACAUCAGCUCCAGCAAAAAAAGAUACGUCUGUCAAACAAAAAUCAGGAAAAUCCCAGCCACCUGCAAUAGAAAGCCCGAGCAAAAUGCCCCCACCACCACCUGAUGACCUAGCAAAGCAAGAAGGAAAGGUGGCAGCAGAAGAACCAGCUUCCCAAACAGAAGUGAUGUCAAACGCUCUUGCUUUCCCAAGUCUGAAUGUCUCUUGUCCCAGUGGACUUGUAUUAACUUUCCUUGGUGAAAGUUUUGGAGGUUUGAAAGUUGAAGCCACUACAGCUGAAGCUGAGGAAGAGGUGGUAAACGGAAGUAAGGCCAAAGCAGGUGACACUGAGAAGACCAAAGCGAAUGAAGCAAAGGAGAAAGAGGUUAUGGAAAGUGGAGAGAAGAAACCUAAGGUUACAGAAGGUGAAAUAAAGGAUGAUGACACCAGAAGAGAACAGGCCCAGCAGCCUAUUCUGGAAAUUCUGGUUAGGCAGAGUUACCCCCAAAAGGCAAAGAACUCUCGUCUGUAUACACCUCUGGCAAGGCAAACAGAACAAGAGGUGUCAAGAGUUAUCACAAGCCAAGGAACUGUCAUAAAGUACAUGAUGGAUGGAUCUACCCAGAUUUUGUUUGCUGAUGGCACAGUGAGUACGAGUCCUGAUUCUGGCCCUGUCCUACCACGACCUGCAAUUCCAGACAAUGGGCAACUAUUACCAGAAUUUGAGUCUGAGACCAGCACUAAGAAAGGAAAAGGCAAUAGCAGAAGCAGUAUAUCACAGCCAACCAAGGAUGAGUUGCUUGAAAAUCCUGUGCCGGGUCUGGUUAAUUCUGAGCAACUUAGGGAGAACCAGGCAGGAAUGUGGAUAACUACAACUCCAUCAGGCAUGCAAGUGGGCACCGUGGGUGCAAAGAGAAUGGAUCUGAAGCCAGUCUUAAUCUAUCAGGGAACUGACCCAGCUGAUGGAACGGUUAUGACUGUACGAGAUGACAAUGUGAUUAUUGUUGAGAGGCUGGAUGGUAGCAGAGUAGUAGAUCAUGCUGAUGGUACUAGAAUCACAACUUUUUAUCAAAACUGUGAAGAGCAUUUUGUACCAGAGGAUACUGAGGAAGCAGAUGAAACCAUGGAAUCCAUCACAAGGAGGGUGAGAUAUAUGAAAGUGGAGAAUCCUGAGUUUGCUACUGUAACAACAAAUUGUGAGGAUGGUACCUGUUUUACCAUCUUUGGAGAUGGUACAUCUAUUACAGCAAAGCCAGAUGGAACAUAUCAGGUUUUACCCAGCAAGACAGGCUCUCUUUUCAUUGAUGAAGAUUGCUCAGCAGUUUAUACCCAUGAAGUUUGUGAUAUCAACAGCAAGGAGGAAGAGAAACAAGCAGGGAGAUACAUUAUGAAACACACUUCAACCACUAUUUGUGAGACAAUCGAUCCUGAAGGGAAUCUUUUCAAGGUCAUGGCUGAUGGCAGCACAUCUGUUUCUGUUCCUAGCAUGGCCUCUGAUGACAAAGAAGAUACACAGUCUGAAUCAGUGCUCCCAGAAGUUAACAAACCUAUCACUUGUGAUGAGCACGUGCCCAGGUUCUUUGUCAUCUACACGGAUGGUUAUGGAACCGAGCUCCUGCGGAGCAGGGAUGUACACGAGUAUCUGGCUGAGGCUGCUCAUGAUCCUGCUGCUGCUGUCUUGCAGGAUCCUGUAGAAGAAUGUCCAGGUAUUUUAAGUAUUACUAUCCUCCGACCUUUGGCUGAAGCCUCCCCCUGGGUAAUGAAGAAAGAAACACAGAAUAUUGUUCCUCCAAAUCUUCAGUCAAGGCCUCGGGACACAUUUUCUUCUCCUGAGAGGAAGGUCACAGGUCCCUCAGUCAGAAAACGUAAUUGGAGGGGUCUCAGCAUUGGAUCCAGAGAGCAGACACACUUGCCGCUACCUGUGCGAAAAUGUCCUAAUAAACUGGAAAUCCGUCAGCUCUUCCAGUAUAAGCCACUCAGUGAUGAAGUAAGAGCAAAGCUGAAGCUUUCCAUCAAGGAAUAUAUCAAUAACAUUUUAAAGCAGGAAAAUGAGUUGGAAGAGAUGACUGUAAAAGAACCAAGAACAGAAGAGGAAAAGAAUUAUGCUGCAAGUCUCCUUGAACUGAUUAUGUCCUUCCCUAACUGGGAGAAGUCAAGUGAGAAUCUUAAUGACAAAGCUCACGUAACUGAGCUGUAUGAAGAGGCAGUGGGUUCUCAUAGCCACACAGAGACAGCGAGCACUCUGCAAACAGAGGACCAACAGCAGUCAUUUAGCCCAGGAGGAGUAGAACCAGUGUCCAAGUGGCAGAGCAGGCUAGAAGAGCACAGGAAAGAACUUGAUGAAGAAAAGAAGACUUUAACGGCAAUAAGAAAUAAAAUAAUUCCUCCCUAUUUUGAAUCAGAAUUUGGCAAGAAGUUUUUCCAAAACAAGUUUCCUGAUGUGGAAGCACUGUCUAUGAAACUUCCUCCUGUUCAAAAGAAAGAAAGUGGGAAUUUCCCUCUAGAGACUAUGAAAAGGAACAGCAGAGUAUCUCAAUGUCUCAAUACCAUGAGUGAACCUUCACCCACACUUGGCCUUCUGCUGCAGGCACAUUCAAAACAAAAUGAAGGCUCCAGCAGAACAACAGACCUAAAAAAUGCUGCAAGAUCACAAGAGACACCCUUUAAAUGCAGCACUAAUAGUCUGCUGGUGAAUGCUGCAGGACAGCCAAGAAAAGAUAAAUUCUCAUCAUUCCCUCGGGGGACAAAACCAAACUCCAUACCAAAUCAAAAGAUAGAGGAUCCUGUUGCAGGAAAGUUCAACACAUCUUCUCUUGCAACAAUGAGGCAGCCUCUUAGUGAUUUCCAUCUCAUUCCACCCAAAGUGAUGUUUGGAGUGCUGAAGGAAGGCUGCACCUACGCAGCCACUGUGAUCCUGAAGAAUGUUGGUAUGAACUUCUCAAGGUUUCGGGUGAAACCACCACCUCCACGCAGUGGACUGAGAGUGAUAUACACACCAGGACCUGUGGCAGCAGGCUUGAAGGCUGAACUGGAGAUAGAGAUUUCUGCCAUGAUAACUGGAGGGCAAUGUACUGGUGGCCUUAAAGAAAUUUCCCAUGAUAUUGAAAUACUCACAGAAACAGAGACUCUUCUCCUGCCUGUGAGAGGAAUCGUGUUAACCACUGACAUCUAUGAGUGUCGCCCACAAGGAUACCCCCAGGGGGGGAAGGCAGCAGCAGUCCGGGCAGUUCCUACAAGCCCCAAACCACAGUUCUGGAUUACACCAUCCCAAAAGGUAACGUUCAAAUUGGAAAAUACUCACCCCGUCACUUCAGAGUUCAGUGAGACACCCCCUGUCCCAAAAGAAAUUCUGAUCAGUGUCAUCUCCCAUUAG